AUGCUUAUGUCAUCGCCGCCACACGGAUCCGGCAGAUAUAUUAUUCCGGCAAAUUACGUUACUCUUGUGCCAAAUGACUCGGACUUGGCUAGAAGCCGUUAUGGCAAUGAGAUCGUUUCAGACGAAGAAGCUCGCCGGCAAGACAAUGAUUCUACCAUUCUCAUUAUUCAGGAUACUGUGGUUCCUACAAACCGUGAUGAAGGUGCCGGCAAAGGACUUACUUCACAAGUCUAUGUUCAGACAAGUGGUGCGCGAGGAUAA